AGGGAGUGAAAGAGGGCAGGUGAAAGAGAGGAAGCGCGAGGGUGAAGAGAGACAGCGGGCGCGCUGCCACAUCGUUUGCGGCCGAACAUACCAGGGGAACACAAUGAUAGAGCACGGCCUGGGCUGAGCGGUCUUUGAUUCCGAUCUACGGGGUAUACACAGUACAUUGGUAUUUUACUUGAGGCAAUUCCUCGAACUCAUCCGCCGUUUACCAUCCAUCAAGGAGCGGAUCAUCUCGUCGUUGUCGAUUGCUGUCGCUGCAGCGUGAGGCUCAACGGUGGCUCUAGUCCCGAUCGGGAAAGGCAGCCCCCCCAAUCCGAACCUCGUGCUGGUCUCUGCGCUCCGCCAUCGCGAUUGUCGGUUUUAUCUCUUCUCCUCUUCUUCCUUCUCUUCUGCUUUUUCUAUCUGCACGAUCCCUCUCUGGGUAUCUGUAUCAUCUUCAACUCCUCCGCUUGAUCAUUUCUGGACCGAAUUUGUCCCCCCGAGAAUGAGCCGAAAGCUCGCCCCCGAAGCCAAUCGGAUUCUCUUUGUCAAGAACCUCAACUAUAACGUCACUGCAGAACAGCUAUUCGACCUCUUCGGCAAAUUUGGACCCAUCCGGCAAAUACGCCAGGGUAUUGCAAACAACUCGAAGGGCACCGCGUUUGUUGUAUACGAAGACGUUCACGACGCCAAACAGGCAUGCGAUAAGCUCAAUGGAUUCAAUUUUCAGAACAGAUACCUCGUCGUUCUAUAUCAUCAGCCGGAAAAAAUGCUUCGGUCGAAAGAGGAUCUUGCAGAAAGACAAGACAAUUUGGAGCGUCUCAAACAGCAGCAUGGUAUAGAAUGAUAUGAUGGUUUCUUUCUCGCUUUCUCUCGGUACCCUCUGCAGACAUCUAGCUGCGUGUUGUCUGUUGUCUAUAAUGGGUUGGUUGUGGGGUUUCUGGCGUUUUACUCCUAUGGGUUUCGUGGCUCUUGUUCAUGGGUAUUGAAGGCUGUUCGCGGGUGGAAGAAGGCUUCGAUCAUGGUCCAGGGAAA